AUGGAAAUAACCAAUACAUCUGGGGUGAGGGACGCCGUCCUUGUGCUCUUACUGGCUGUUCUUCAGGGAUUUCGACUAGUAGACGCUCUUCCAAACCCAUCACCUCUCCUGGGAUCCAACUGGGGGAAUCCGAGAAGACGUUGGACCAUCAGAUCAGCUGAAGUUUGCCAGUUUGCCAGUUUGCAGACGUCUUCAGACGUGAACAAUUUCUACAUUGAGAUCAGUUUAAAUGGCCACUUGCGCAAAACUACACUUCGAAGCUCAUACAGUGUGAUUUUAUUGAAGGCGGAAACAAGAGAGCGCGUGGCGAUACUUGUAGUCAAAAGUAACCGCUACCUGUGCAUGGAUGCCCUGGGAAACCCUUUCAACUCUACCGUUUGCCACAAGGAAGACUGUCUUUUUAACCACACGUUAUUGGAAAACCACCGCGACGUGUACUACUCUUGCAGAACUGGUAUUCUGCUCAACUUGGAAAGGAUGAAGCAAGUGUACACUGUGGGUCAGAAUCUACCGCAAACCUCCCUCUUCCUGUCGGAGAUGAACACCGUGCCGCUGGAGCGCCUCUUGCACCGGGAGAAGAGGAACCGGGUGGUUGAUUCUUCUGAUCCUUACAACAUGCUGGGUCAAACGGAGGAGGAUGAGGACUCCCGGGCAAUGACGGAGCUGGAUGACACCUUGGAGAUGGACCAGGAGGCUGAACUCCCCGAGGGACGUCAAAGUCAAAGUCUCCCUCCGACGACCCGUGGAACGUGCAUUCCCUAA